AGGAAAAGAAGCAUCCCCGAGUAGAGUUAUUAUUGGAGUUAGGUCAUCGGCAUGGUGUUUCUAGAUACAGACAUGCUUCUCUUGUGUGACCUGUCAGUGAUUGUGUGCUGAAGGUGGCAUUGUAGAACACCGGCCAGGAAGUGUAUGUGUGCACAUGGAGACUGAGGGACCUGGAGCAGGACGUGUAUAAGGAACAUGUACUGACUGACAGCAAGGGAGCACAGAAUUCGCUAUUAAAGGAUGAAGGACAUAAGCAGAGAGGACGGUAUGGAAGAAGAACUGUUCCUUGAUUUUGGCAUGCAUCAUGAAGGCACCAUUUUACCUCUUCAUACAUCAAUAACUCUCUUUCUAAUGUCUUACUGUAAUUGUAAGGCAUUGAAAACUAAAGCGGUAGUAUCGGAAAGUGAAAAACAAGUGACUUUAAGCGCAUUAUCUUUACCCAUGGAUAUUACUGUUGUUUCCAAACAGGACCUUCCACUUAUUGUUCGUAGUUGUCAUCUGCCUGCCAUUGUUGAUGCAUCUGGUAUGUUCUGUAGAGCCGGACUUGCUGUGGUACUUAGAUAUAUCAUACACAAAACAUACCUUGCAGAUCCCACCAGAAAAGAUGUCCUUGAACUCCUUGGCUUUAAAAAGACAUGCCUAAAAGCCUGUGCUGAAGUUAGCCAGUGGACCCGGCUCUGUGAAAUUAGCAUACCAUUGACUGUGGAGAAGUUUCUACAAGAGCCAUGUACAGAAAUUCCACCCGAAAUUCUCCAGCUUGAGAAAAGGCUAGGUGAGCCGGUCAAGGUUCAUAACGAUGAUAAAAUAAGGAGACAGAAGAUGCAGCAGCAACAAAUGAAGACAAAUGACAAUGCAGAAGGACAAGGAAGCAAACGGGAGCUGUCGCAAACAAAGUCUCAAAAAACAUCCAGCUUGGAACUAGCAACAGCUUUAUCUAAACUCAGUGUCCAAGAAACAGUUUCAAGAGUCACACGAGAGCCCGCUCACAUCAGGAAGGUGAAGAAUACAGAUCUUCCUCCUCUGGAGCAUGUGUUUGUUGAAGGCCUCUUCUUCACCCUGACUGAUGUUGUUCUAAUGCCGUGCAUACAUCAGUUCCUGGUUGCUUUGCGUAAAACAUCCCCAGAGGAGAUCUCAAGGAUUCCUCUUUUGGCUGCCUGGUAUGAACGGGUCCAGCAGGUGCCAGGUGUGCAGAGUGCAGCUACUGCUUGUAGUAUCACCUUUCUUCAUUUUCCUGAUUUGAAUGAGACACGUGAACAGCAUUUGCAAGCAUCAGAAACAAAGACAGAAGAAGCAGAUUCCUCAGAAGACCAGUUUCUAGGAGGUCCCAGACCAACCAUGACCAAAUUAAGGGAAAAUGGCAUCGAGGCCAUGUUUUCUCUUCAUCCAUGUCCAGCCCCAACAAUUGAUUGGGAAAGUCUUCCUGCAGCUGUAAGACCAGCACACGGAAACCUGCCCAGUGGCCGAGCUGUGAGGAAACAGCAGCAGCUGAAUAACCUCUUAUCAGUCGUACAAAACAUGGCAAAACCUGGGGAUAUCAUUGUGGACUUUUGUAGUGGAGGGGGUCAUGUUGGGAUUGUUUUGGCUUACAUGCUUCCAUUAUGCCAGGUUGUUCUGAUUGAGAAUAAAGAAGAGUCUCUGAUUCGGGCUAAAGAGAGGAGUGAUGGAUUGGGAUUAUCAAACAUCUGGUUUAUUCAAGCCAAUUUGGAUUAUUUUAUAGGAGCCUUUAAUAUUGGGGUAGCACUGCAUGCAUGUGGAGUGGCGACAGAUAUGGUGAUUGAACACUGCAUUGCUGCCAGAGCAACCUUUGUCAUCUGCCCUUGCUGCUAUGGAUUUAUCCAAAACACAGUGAAGACCACCUUUCCACGCAGUGGCCGCUUUCAGGAAGUUUUAUCGUACAAGGAACACAUGAUACUAUGUAGAUUUGCAGAUCAGACAGAUGACCAGCUUCCUCCAGAGCGGAAACUGAUAGGGAAGCGAUGUAUGGGAUUGGUGGACCUGGAUCGAGCAUGGGCUGCAGAACAGUGUGGAUACAAAGCCAACGUUAUCUCAAUGGAACCAGAGAGUUGUUCACCGAAGAAUAAUUUGAUUGUGGGAUCCCCAGUGUAAAAUGGGGCUAGUUUACCAGACUGUAAGGAGAAAUCAGUUCCACCUUAUGUAACACCAUAAAGAGCCAUUUAUGAAGUGCAGCAGUAAACCAUAUCAUAGAGUAGUAGAUGGAGCAAUCUUACAGGUAUUUCCUUGGUGAAAAGCAUUUUAGUUUGUUUCAUGGCUCUCUUUGCUGCGUUAUGUAAAAGACCCAUAUGCUUGUUUACUAUAACUUGAUGUAUCGUUAUGUCAAGCUUGUGACACUUUGCAGUUUACUGCUGCAAGAACAGAUCAGUAGAAGGUUUUAGUUGUGGCUCACAUUCAUCGACACCGUCUGUUUGUUUACGCAGGAUAUUUGUAUUAAAAUAUUAAGAAAAGUAAAAAAAAAAUAAUAAACAUCAACAUUUUUAAUAUAUUGCUGAAGUGGGUUAUGUAAAUUACCGAAAAUGUAAGAAGAAUUUGUAACCUUGGAAUUUUAAAGAGCCAUUUUCAUUGCUGCAUUUUUUUAAACAAGGUUUUGCAUGUGUUUUACUUAUAUAUUGCAUGUGUUUUAUUUGCAGUUUGAAUGUAUUUUGACUUUGAUUGUAUGAGUUUUGCAUGUUGGGCCAUCGAAAACAAUAAAGAAUAAGUAUUCCAAAAAGCAGUGGCAAAGAGCUUUAGAUUACAUAUUGCUAAACCACAGUUUACAGAAACAUGAAUGAAGACAGUACCAUAUAA